CCGAUGAUUUCCUAACCUUCAAGCGGGAGAGGCGCGCGUUCACUGUUACGAAUUAACAUUCAACGUAACAACCUACUGGAGACUUAAAAGGAAUUAUUACGGACAGGAUUUUAUUUUUAACAGUUCAAUCCAGUCACUUCCAGAGUGGAAAUAUGAAGUUUUCAGUAGUUUUGCGUCAUUUCGUCUUUGCCCUUGUGGUGGUCACAUGGGUGAACGGUGCGUCUAUCGAGAGGUUCGAGAACGAGAGUCCUGCACAGACAGCUGUCAUAGACCUCUUGGAGGUAUUGAAUGAACGGAGAUCUUCAGUGGGUAACAAGCAAGUGGAAUAUCAGGAAAAUGACGAUGAGUAUUACUUUGAUGACGAAGAGGAAGAUGAUGAGGUUUCUGGGGAUUACGGUUUGCCAUUAGUGGCGUUUUCAAGCAAACCAAAAGAUCCAAGUGCGGUGUUGAAUGCAGAAAAAAUGGAGGGCUCAAGGAGGAAGGGUCAAGGAAGGAAGAAAACGAAAGGAAAGGGAAAAGGAAAGAAGAGGAAUCCGUGUCUGAAAAAAUACAAAGACUUUUGUAUCCAUGGAACCUGCCAGUACCUUAAAGACAUAAAGGGACCUUCAUGCAUAUGUGACCCGGGUUACUCGGGCGAGAGAUGUCACAGUUUCUCCUUGGAGGUUAGGACCGAAGAAAGCGCGUACAACCGCACGACGGCGCUUGCUGUGGUGGCCGUGGUGCUUUCUUGUUUGUGUCUCACCAUCAUUGUGCUCCUAUUGGCUCUCAGGUUUCACAAGCGAGAUGCUUAUAACGUAGAAAGCGAGGAGAAAAUUAAACUGGGAGCCGCCCCACACCACUAAGAUAAGAGCGUGUGACCGUAUGGAAAUUCUACCUCCGAAAUAAAGUGGCAAAGUUGAAUGUUUUGAGGAACAGUGGGCAUGGCUUGCUAGAGAACCGGGUAGAGUGACGUUGCUUGUUUGGCACAUCCUUCAAAGGCCCGAUUCGUGGAUAUUUCUCUAAAAGGUUCUCCGCUAAAAAGAGUAAAGCUAGCUCAAUACCUGCCACAAACUGGAACCCCGGCAGACCGGCCAGGUCUGGAAGAGACUCUGGGGUGUUCGGACAUUUUUGUUCGAUGCAGAAUAAGAACGAACUUUUGAGAGUUGGGAAUGUGGUUUGGUGGUGAGGCUUUUAUCAAACGAGCCUCGUCUGAAAUAAGUAUUCUUAGAAGCAUUUUUGUUGUCUUGUGCACUGUGUAUUUAAUGGCUAGCUAUGCUUUUAUUUAUUUAUGUAUAUAUAUUUAUAUUUAUUUGGAUUAGACCAACUUUAUGCACUGCCGUUCUAUUUGAAAGUCUCGUGUUUUAUGUCUAUGUAACGUUUUAUUUAUUAAAGCUGUUAGUAGUUAAUAUUUAAGAGUACUGAACGAUAUAAUCGACUGAACAUCAAAAUAAUAGUUUGCAAAAAUUUUGAUAUUUUUGAUGCAUUUAAUGAAGACAAUAUUUCUAUUAUUUUAAUCUCCAGGACAGUGUUAGAAUGUAUUUCCAGCAUAUUUUAAUCGUAUUUCAAGCUCAGUUUUUCUUUUGUUUAAGAAAAUAAAGUAACACUUUACAAUAAGGUUGUGUUUUUUUUAACAUUAGUAAUAACAUGAACUAACACCGAUUUUCAACAUUUACGAAUCUUUGUUAAUGUUUGUUAAUUCAAUACAACAUUUAAUUGCAUGGUGCAUUAACUAAUGUUAUCCGUUACAUUUUAAUAAUAUAUUAGUAAAUGCUGAAAGUAACAAGAACAAAGUAAAUGUUGUAGAAGUAUUGCUCCUUGUUAAUCUGUAUUAGCUAAUGCAUUUGUUAACAAAUAACCUUAUUGUGAAGUGUUACUGAAAAUAAAUGAAUGGCUUGGUCAGUAAAAUGCACUGUUUAUAAACAACAGUGUGAAAAUGAUGAAAUGUGAAUGAAAUGUUUUGUGCACUCUUGUUUGAGCUGUUUUUUUUUUUUUUUGUUUCGGCAUCCCACUGUAUACGAUAAAAAUACAUACUGCAUAGUGAAAUGCUCAAACUGGAAAAUUAAUAGUUGAAAAUAAAUCUUUUUGAUAUAAAACCCUGA